CCGUUAUUCAAUCAUAACACUCAUGAACAUCAGGACAUUAGUUAGUACAUAUCAUUAGAUAGUUAGUUAGUUUUGGCUUUCAGUAAAUGAUAUAUAAUUGUAAGCAAUGAAAUAAAUCUGUUAACUGAUUCAAACCGUAUUUUGUUGGUGGCUAAAGUGAUGGCUAAAGUGAAUACUUAUUGAGAUUUGCGAAAUUAGACAUAAAAGAAGACUUUGUGUUGUCUUGUGGAUGCAAUUUAGACAGGUGCUAUUAUAUAUAUAGGUGCAUGUAAUAUAUAUACGAAGCAAGAAACAUGUAAAAUGUUUCCGCGUUCAACACGUAAAAGAAUUCGAAAAGUAUUUGGUUUCGCGUUUCUCGUGUAUUGUUUCGUUUAUUUUGUCAACUCUGUCAACCGGCCUUCUAACACAGGCAUAAGCAUUCUAGUUCCUGGAACAGAGGAUUUAUGUCCCACUAAACCUCAUUCUGCGGCGCGUGUACGAAAACCUCGCAAAACUCAAAAUAUUUUCUUCUUGGAAACUUCGGGUGAAUCUUGCUUAACCGCUCGGCAAGCAUGUAGUGUUGAAUCGGCCGCGCGUUCUAACCCCAACGCCAUCAUUUCUGUCCAUAUGGAAAACAGCGGACUUCAAAAUCAAAAAGAAAUCAAAGCCAAACUAGCUGGUCAAACAAGAAAUUGCGCUAUAACCCACAGACUCUUCAAGGAAUGGAGUAACGUCAAGCUUGUGCAGGAGGAUUUGAUACAACAUUUAAGAAAUACAACGUUGUGGCGCCUACAGGAGAAAUCGCUAUUAACUCAAUCAAUUCAUCCACUAACUCAUCGAAGUGAUGCCAUGAGAGUUGCUAUGCUUUGGAAAUACGGGGGUAUCUACCUUGACUUGGACUGCCUUGUCUUACGGCCGCUUUACUGCCUUCAAAAUACUGUGGGACUUGUCGACUUUUUAGCCGACUGGGUUGAAAAUGGUGUCAUGGCAUUCGAGGCUGGCCACCCAUUCCUUCAAUUCCUGAUGAAAUAUAUGGUGUUUGCUUUCAAGCCGGAGGAAUACAUAAGCCUUGGCCCGGCUACAUUAACAGACUCCAUCAAGUAUUUUUGCGAUCGUACUGAACUUCCGGCAGAAGAAUGGUUUAUGUGCAGAAACAGUUCCAUGAUUCUUCAACCUCCACGAGCUUUUUAUGCCAUCAACAAUCGACGCCAAAAUGCUUUUUAUCAUCCCGAGGCUGACCCAUCUGAUUAUGAAGACUUGCGCCACAGUUACCUUUCUCACAUCUAUGACGCCGGAAAUGGCCGUUCUGUCCCUAAAAAAUCAUUGUAUGGAAUGCUGGCCCAAGAGUUCUGUCCCACCACAUACCAAAUGGCUUCGGACGAAGGUGAAUUUUAAAGAAAAGAGAGAAAAUAAUAACAAUUCAGGCUCGUAACUCAAGGUCUUUCAAUAUGUUUGUAUUAGUUUUUACUUUAUUCGUCUUAGCCGUUUAGGGGCUAACAUAAUGAGUGUAAAACUGCGUGUUCGUGUCCCUUUCAUUAUCAAUGUUUUCCCAAGAUUCCUUCAGCAUUGAAUGAGCUGUCACUAUUUUUAUGUUCUGUUGCUUAUACAUUAAAGAGUCUUUACAAGCAUCAAAAGGAAUGUUGAAGCGUAUGUACUGUAUGCAUACGCGUAAUGUAUGCACGAAGAAACGAAACAAUGUUGUCCCGCAAAAUAAGGAUGCAAUCAGGAACUGUCACAUGUCGAAUACCGCACAGUAGACAUUGCUUCCACACUGGCUGAAUAUUUAACGAUUUAACAACAGAAAGAAAUGAACGAAACCACCACUGUAACAACACAAUAUGGUCAUAUUCCACAACACUUUUUUUUUAGAAAAUCCAUGCAUGCUGGCACGCAUAUUAUACAAAAUGAAAAAUGUCUUUUUCCCUCCAUUUUCUUUUCACCGAUUUUACCCAAAAACUUGGCUCACAACAUUUUCAUAUGUAAUCUGAAAUAAACUUGUUUUUUUUU